AUGGCUGCCGACAACAAGCAGGACGACGCCGUCAGGGCCCAAUUCACCCAAAUCCUCGACGACGCCAGCAAGCUCUACUCAGACUCUUCCAAAAAGGAAGACCUUGCCAACUUCCUCAACCCGCCGAUCAAGUCCAUCAAAGAGCUCAUCAACCAGAUAGAGACGCAGAAUGAAAAGUUCAGCUCGUUCCGGAAGAAGCGCCAGUCCCUCUUCAGCGCCCUCGCCGCCACUCUCGGCCCCGUCGAGGUCGUCGGCGAGAUCGUGGCGGGCGGCGCAAGUGACAUGUUUGCGCCCGCCGAGGGCAUCUUUGGGGCUGUCGUUUAUCUCAUCAAUGCCGCGAGGGAUGUUUCGGCUGCGUAUGACUCUAUUCUCGAGUUGUUUGAUCAGCUCAAGGACUUUACGUCGCGACUCGACGUCUACAUCCAGCAUCAAAUGUCCGACUCUCUACGGAACAAGGUCGUGCAUAUUCUUGCUACUCUGUUCGAAGUGUUCGUGCUCGCUGCAAAGGAAGUUCGUCGUGGCCGCGUCAAGACGUACUUCCGAAACCUCGUUGGCGUUGACAGCCCCGUGCAGGGCGCCCUGGACAAGCUCAAGGCUCUCAACAUUGGCGAGGAGCGCCAGGUAAUUGCCGACACAUACGGCGGCGUCAACAGGCUCGAGGUCAAGACGGACGAAGUGGCAAACAUGAUGAAUCAGGUCAACCAGACGGUCCUGCAACUCAAGUCUGAGGCUCGGGAACGGAAUAUGGAGUCUGCUCAGGAUAAGCUCAAGCAGAUCCUGGAGCCAUCGCCGUUUCCUGAGGACUUUUUUGCUCUGUUUAACAAGUCGCGGGCAGAGAGCACUGGAGAAUGGAUCAUCAAGGAUGAUAUCCUCAAGUCGUGGGUUGACAAGGAGACACAGUUCCUCUGGAUAUCUGGUGCUCCUGGAACUGGCAAGUCUUUUCUCACAACAAAAUUAAUCGCCUGGGGCACUGAUCAUCUACCCCAUGUCGCCUACUUCUACUUCCGUGACAACAACCCAGAAACACGAUCAGUCCUUCAAGCGCUCAAGGAUGUCGCCUACCAACUCAGCGAGAGCGAUCCCUUCUACGCCAAGCAGCUCCUCAAGAGCUUGCGCAGCAAUGAUGAGAUCAGAACAAUCCCCAGUGCCUACAGGAAGCUACUGGUCCAGCCCUUCCAAGAAGACAAGCUCAAGAAGGACAUUUACAUCUUCUUUGACGGUAUCGACGAAGCCGACCCUGCUGAAGUUGAAGAACUACUCGAGCAGCUUGGGUCUGACGACGAGUCCGUCCACAGACCAGACCACUGCAGACUUCAAGUCGCCCUUAUCGGACGAACAUACAUGACAGAGACGGUAACCUACGCUCUCGACCCAGACAACCGAGGCAGCCAUGUUGUCAACACUCUCAACGUGACACCCGACCGCAAUGCCCAAGACGUCAGGGCCUACAUCGAGGAGAGCGUCUGGCGCCUACGAAACCUCAACCGCUCACCCCCGGAGUUCAAGGACAAGGUCGUAGAGGCCAUGGUCAAGCAGGCCGCAGGACUCUUCAUCCUUGCAAAGUUCAUGCUCGAAGACAUCAGCCGGAAGCGACACCCGCAGACGAUUCUCCAGAGUCUGCAGUCGUAUCCUAAGGAGAUCAACGGCAUGCUUGCCCGCACGCUCAAGAACUUGUCCGAGACAUUGUACGAGGACCAAGCUAGUGAUCUCAACGAGAUGUUGCAGUGGGUUGCCUGCGCUGAGGAGGUGUUGAGUCUGGAGCAGUUAGAGGCUGUGCUCAUCUUCAGAUUCGGUGAUCCACCUUUUCAUCUGGAGGAGACUCUGCGAGGACAAUAUGCCUGCUUCUUUGAGCUCGAGCGUGAAGAUGGUUUAACCACCGACGAUCUUAUUCGAGAGCACGAAAAGGAGCAGCGCGAUCUGGGGUCCGGCAGAAGAUCAAGCUCAGCCAGCCGUCCUGGCUCUGGUAGAAACGACAGCCCAAGCCAAGGUAUCUUUGGUCGUUCAACCGGUACCGAUCUAAACCGCAACCUCUCGCCAGGCCGUCGCGGAAGUCCAACACAAGGUCUAAGCCCUUCUCGCAGCCCUGGACGAAGUCCCGCCCGCGGUGCCAGUCCCGCCAACAACUCAGACCUCUUCGACCCCAUGAGCGAGAUGGAGUUCCGAUCCAACAAGUCCAACACGUGGGUGACCUUCUUCCACUCUUCCGUCAAGAGCUUCUUCAGUCAGGAAAACUCUGCCAAGCUCGGCGCGCCAACCACUGGCCCUACCAUCGGCUUCGACCCCCUUGUGGCUAGAAUCCACAUCGUCAAGACCUGUCUCUCCAUUUUUACCGACCAAGCCUGGUUCAAUAAGCACAGGCUCGGCAACAACGGUCGUGAGGCGAUCAAGCAGUACGCUGCAUGGUACUGGCAGGAGCAUUUGGCUGUCCUCGACCCAGAGACUGUUCCGGCUGCUGAGAAGCGAGAGCUCGGACAGCGGGUGUACAAGAUGCUCACAGAAGACAACAUCAUCCUCGACUGGACCCUCAUGUACGAGAAGAACGAUGAAGGUCUCGACGUUCUUACAGAUUCCAACAUGAGGGGCCUCAAGAAGUGGAUGAGCGACCCCGAAGUUCUCAACUCGCUCACCGCCGAGAACAGAGAAUGGACAAAGAAGGCCCUCGAAGAGAACCCAGGCAUCUUCAAGCCCAUCGGUGACCUGUACGCCCGAGCCUGGCUCUCUGAGGACUUUAAGAAGUACAUCCCCACGCUCUUCUGCUUCAAGAUUGUCCAGUCCAUCGCCUUCAUGCAGGAGGGUUACUCAUGGACAGACUGCAACCGACACUGGACAGAGAUCCCCGUCGACAAGCGUAUCACAAAGGCUGCUGAGUGGGCGCAGAUCCCCGAGUCUGCACACUGGCACAGGCGUUACGGAAGUACGUACUUGACCAACGACAUGAACAGCAAGGCUCUGUUCCACUACGACAAGGCCCUCGCUCUCGAUAACAACAGCGUCGAGACGCGUGGUCGUAUCGCAUACUGUCUUUCGCGGGAUGGUCGCUUCAAGGAGGCGUUGGAGCAGACACUCAAGUGUGAGGCGAUCGAGGAGGAGAGCAUUGCUGGUGGAAAGCUUGAUGAGGAGGCUCUCAAGGCGAGCAAGUGGCGAUUGUACAAGGACCACAUCCUCAUCGCAACCUGCUAUGAGGAGCUCGGUAACGCUGGGGAUGCCCUCGUGUACUACGUCAAGGCCAUGAAGAGCGCCAAGGUCGUGGGUCUCAACAACAAGGCAUGCAAGGAGUACUUUGAGCCUGAGCUCGGAUACCUGGAGCUGCUGGCCGCUGAAAGCCGACACGACGAAAUCGUCAAGUUCCUCCACGAACUCGAUGAAGAAAUCACAGACGCCGAGCACCACCGGACUCAGCUGGUUGAGUUCCUCCUGGAGUGGUACAACAAGCCUCUUAUCGUCGACUGGAUUCCCAAGGCAGCGAGCAAAAUCGGUGCUACAGCCUUCCUGAUUGAGAGGCUCGAGUUUACUAUUGAGGUGGCCACCGCGACUCGCGAUCCUCUCAAGGCUUUGUACUUGAGACUGGCACUCGGUGCCACGUAUACUUACAACCGCGAGAUUGACGCCGCCAUUAACUUGUUUGAGCGCAUCACCCAGCUAGGCUACCGCCCACGUGGAAAUGUCCCUACACGACAGGCCUAUGCUCUUGCUUUCCAGAGACUCGCGACACUCUACAAGGAGAGGAUCCUCCACGCUGGACUCAAGACCCCUGAAGCCAACGGUUGGCUAGAAGAGCUCAAGAGCGUCAAGGACCAGCAAAGCAAGCACCAAAACCAAGACAUGCCCAUCAGCAUGGUUGGUUCCGACGUCAAUGUUGCAGCCAUCUACCUAGCCCUCUUCAACCGCCUCUUAGGCAACACAACAGGCGCAGACCGUGAUCUCCGCCAGCUCAUAAACGACAGCAUCGACAUCCUCUCCGACGACGACGUUCAAAACGACGAGUACGCACUCGACAACCUCCUCCGUCUCUUCAUCGCAGCAGACGACAUGGAAAACGCCCUAGCCCUAAGCCAAUCGAUGCGAAGAAUCGAUCCCAAGGCAUUAACAUCCACACCCAGCGACUCACCCGUCGCACAACGCUCAGAGCCCAAACUCCCCGAGAUCCAAACAAUGCAACAAUCCUGCGCACAAUGUCUCGACCCAAUCCCAUCUUCAGACUCGUACUUUAUCUGCGAGUACUGCAUGGAAUGCUACGACGCAAAGUGCAUCAAGGUGAUACAAGGUGAAGGCAACAAAACAAGCGAUCACAGAGCAGACUUGAUCUGUCGAAGUGACCACAAGUGGUUGACUGUGCCACCGCUGCAAAAGGUUCUGCACAGGGGAGAGAUUUUACUCCCGGAUGGAAAGAUUGCGAGCUUUGGGGAGUGGAAGGCUGGGUUGGAGAAGAAGUGGCCAAGGAAGUAG